AUGGUCGUGUCAGCUCCCGUUGUAGGAUCCAAGAGCCUCCGCGCCUUCGGCCCUGGUCUCAAUCCGUUCGCCCCCCACGGAAUGGGUAACUACUCCCCCGUCCUCCGCUAG